AUGGCCCAUAAAAAGGGGGUUUUCGGCUCCUUCAAAACCCUAGGAUCAGACUGUGCCCUCUCUCGAAGAGAAGCGUUUCGCCGGCGGGAAGGCACCGGAUUCUCAGCACCAGGUGACGGAAACGGAGUGAUUCCGACCAAAAGAGGAGAUGGCGGACAAGGCGGUGACGAUCAGAACUAGGAAAUUUAUGACGAAUCGUCUCCUUUCCAGGAAGCAAUUUGUUAUCGACGUAUUGCAUCCUGGAAGGGCUAAUGUUUCCAAGGCUGAGCUGAAAGAGAAACUGGCUAGGAUGUAUGAUGUUAAAGAUCCGAAUUCUAUCUUCGUCUUCAAGUUCAGGACUCAUUUUGGUGGAGGGAAGUCUACAGGGUUUGGGUUGAUCUAUGAUUCGGUAGAGAGUGCGAAGAAGUUUGAACCAAAAUACAGACUUAUCAGGAAUGGUCUAGCUACCAAGGUUGAGAAAUCAAGGAAACAAAUGAAGGAAAGGAAGAACAGAGCCAAGAAAGUCCGAGGUGUUAAGAAGACAAAAGCCGGAGAUGCUGCUAAGGGCGGCAAGAAGAAAUAAGCUCAACAUGUUCUCGAUUAUCUGGCUUAUAAAUCACAAGGAUUCUUAUAUAAAGAUUAGUCUUGAUUGAGGUUAGUGCGGCUUAAGAUUAUAGUUAGUUGUUCGCAGGUCUCGAAUUCUUGUUUUUGUUACCAUGGGAAGUUUUCUCAGUCUGCUUCUUGAUUUACUCUUUAUUACAAAUUUUACAAGCAGAUUGAACUAUUAUUCCAUUUCCUGAUUUCUCAUCUCA